AUCACUGCAUGUUUACCUGCGCAUGUACAAAUCAUGCCAAAUGCAAAAUUAUAACAAUAAACGACAGCAUAGAAGAUAUGGAGUGUUUGUGGUAUCUGUGUAUUUUUUCUCUGUGUGCAAUUGUACACUGUGCAGAUCCAGAUGAUCCCUGCAAAACGACAUAUAUUCUCAAGGGUAUGGACCAAAGAUUUAAAGAAAAUUAUGUUAACGACCCAUCUCUCUGGCUAUGUGACCGGUACAGGCUUGGGAACGGACGCUGGGUCAGGGUAGAAGGACAGGACUUGUUACAGACAGAACCGAAAACAAAUGAAUGGUGUGGGACUCGCUAUCCAAUUUGGAUGAGAGGGCCUCCUCCUGAGACCGAUGGUGAGGAACUUGUGAAGGACGCAUGCGUCAUGGGACUGAAGGGACCGUGCACCCAAACACUGCCGAUCAAGAUCAAGAAGUGUGCUGGUUACAACGUAUAUUACUUGACUCCCCCAACAAGCUGCUACACGGCGUACUGUUUCCAAUAUUCCGCUGAAGGUCCUGUACCCACUGAAGUCGUAGAAAAGCCAGUGGUGCGCUACGAUUUAGAAAAAUCAAACUCAACUGGUCAAAAACUGAAAUUCAUUUGUGCCUUUACUGCCAAAGACAUCUAUUACUAUCAGGUAGUAUGGUAUAUAGAAGACACGCCUGUUGUGAUAAAAGAUGCCGUCAAAAAGGAGUCCAUAAGAAAUACAGAUCUAGGUUAUGACGAUAAAGAUACAACAAAAGGAUAUCAAAAGCUUGGAAUUAACAUCAAGUGCGCUGUGCGAUUAAAACAGAAUCCUAAAGGUGCCCCAGGACCUCUCUCCCCGCUAAGUGAAAAUUUCUUUGCUGGUAUCCAAGUUACAUCCACAAGGGUUACUCUUACAAGGGAGGAAACACAAGGGAAUAUCAACGUUAUGUCAACAGUUCCUUUAGGUUGUGUCAUCCAGUCAGAUGGCAGUGCCGAUCCUAACUGUUUUUUAGAUAUUGAGAUGAAUGUUCCGAGAGAUCCAAAGAAAUGCGAACCAGUCAUAACAGGUGUCGAAAUCAAGAACGGAGAAGGAGUGAAUUGUGGAUUAAGAAUUUUUCAUACAGAUUGGCAAAUGGAAAAUUCUGUAAACAUUUCAUUUAAGGACAAAAUGGAAUACAACCUGAAACGCCCAGAUGGUUCAUUCCGAAUAGGAAUGAUAAUUGGAGGAAAAAAAGAAAGCCCAGAGUGGAGUGGUAUAAAACUCCAGGACGUUUAUGUUCAUAUUGAAGAUAGUUCAGAUAUCUGGCAAGGAAAAAGCUGUUCCGCUGUUAAUGAUCCACAUAUGCGUACAUUCGAUGGAAGACCGUACGAAAAUCAAAACAAAGGAGGAUAUGUUCUAUACUGGGGAAAGAAAGAAGGUUUUCCAAUGGAGGUUCAGAUCGAAACAACAGAAUGUAUUCUAGGUUGGAACAGGAAUCCUUACUGUGUCUGCGCUGUAGUCGUACGGGCGGGGGCGGACGUGUUCGUCAUUGAUCGAUGUCCAAAUAAACCCAUACGGAUUAAGUACCUCACCUGUAAAGAGAACCUUUUGGACGCUCGUAAAGAAACAGAGAUGGAAUAUAAAAUAUACUUCCCGAGCGGUACAUACGUUCACGCGCUGUUACAGGAUUACCCCAAAGUACGGACGAUAAACGUACACGUUUAUCCGUCCAAAUCCGACCACGACCGGACAGGCGGACUGUGUGGAACUCUGAACGGAAACACGGCUGAUGAUUUCAUGGACAGGGACGGAAAUUUACUGAAUGGAGAAACGGGAUUUAAUGAAUAUUGGAGACUGGAAGAAGAAGAGUUUCUUUUGAACAUGAGUGACAACCAGUUGAAUAAUUUACCUCACUGGAAGAACGAUGUAGUGUAUUGUAUAUGUCCUUAUAAGGAAGUCCAGAACGAUACACCGAAACCAAUCGGCGAAUGUUCCCGUAAUGCCAUUGUGAAAUGUGCCAAGGAAGACACUCCAGCACUCAACAAGAACAACUGUCUAAUCCGGUCUAAACGAUCUGCUGUUAAACCGUUCUCCUAUAAAAUGUUCCAGAGACAGGACAUUAAACUCACAGACAUUGACGAGAUACCAGUACAUUUACCAAGGCUGAGGCGAGAAACGGGGGUCAAUUGGACGCAGAAAAUAGCGAGAGAUUUUUGCAAUAACUUCAUUAAAAACUCUCAGACUUACAAAGCUUGCAAUAAAGUUCCAAGCGUAUCUUCCGAUUUUCUCAUUGAAGACUGUGUGCUGGAUAUUAUGAUGACUAAUUCCACGGUUUGGGCAGCAGGCAGUCGAGAGGCCCUAAGGACAACUUGUAUGAAAGAACUUUCACAAAACACUACACUAAAAGAAGAUUCGGAAGAUGGAAAGCCAUCAAUAGCUGAACAAAUAAAAAAAGUUGUCUGUUUAAAUGAAUGCAGUGACAAUGGCGUCUGUAUCAAUGGAACUUGUGAAUGCGAUGAAGGUUUUGGGGCCAAGGAUUGUUCCAUGGACCUGAACAAACCCCCAGUAGUGUAUGGGGUGAACAUUGAAGAGGGAGGGCUUUGUGAUAAAAGAACCUGCCAGAGGGCCCUGGUGGAAGGCUACGGGUUUCUUGAUAUGGACACCCUCAAGUGUUUGCUGACAGUUUUCCAUGUUACAGAAAACAAGACAACAGUUGGUGACGUCUUGGAGUAUGUAGUUCAAGCUGAACACGACAGUAUAGCCGAGGUUUUCUGUCCCCUGGGACCGGCCAGGAGAAGACGCUCUGUUCCCCGGGGGUUCGUACAGGGAAUCACCCUCUCCGUGACCAACAACGGUCGUAACUUCAGCACGCAUCACACCAUCUAUGUGUUGGACGGGGUCUGUCAGGACACGGUCAAUGUGUCCGGGGAUAUCCAGUUCACUCUCAGGGUAGGAUAUUGUUACAUCAAUGGAAAAUGCUAUGGUGAGGGCAGUAUCCAUUAAACUGAGGAAUGCAUAGCUUGUAUCACCGGAAAGAGUACCAAAGAAUGGAGCAAAGUAGAUGGAUGUGGAUUAGUGACGGAGGCCGUUGAUGACAAACUGGAAGUAAAUGGAAAUCUCAAACCAACAGGAGACAGUUUUCCGACAACCAUUGUGGUCACAGUUCUAGUGAGUUUUCUGGUGCUGGCGGCCUUGGCAACAUCUGUGGUCCUAUACUUCAAGAUGAAACGCUCGGCCAGCUUUUCAUUAAAAUCAGAAGCCUACAAGAACAUGGAAAAUAGAUAUUAAAAAGUACCUUUAAAGUUUGUACCAUCUAUUGUGUACUGUGUGUGAUAAGUGACGCGUUUCUGUAAUCGCUGAACUCUUCGUGUAAACCAUACCCUCGUUCUUUUAUUAAAAUCGUGUACUCAAGUAUUCAAUAACAUAUAGAUAUGCAGAUAGAUUUUUGUUUUUGUAUUGGAUUUACGUGUUCCAUUAUUGAUUACUCAAACUAAUAUGUACAAUUAAAGUAAAGGUAUAUUACGUUUAUAUAAGUGUGUUUAACUAGAAUGCUACCCAUGUGUUGUUAUAUUUUUGCUAACAUAUA